AUGGGGGAUAGGACUGUUGUUCUGACAAUCUUGAGUCCGGAAUGGGCGAGACCGGGCUCUGUGUUUGAUCUAUUUCUAGAAAGCUUCAGAUUCGGCCAGGGGACCAAACCCUUCCUCAACAACCUCGUAGUUUUCACAGUGGAUGGCCAGUCCCUUCAAUACUGCAAGUCCAUCCAUCCCUAUUGCUUCAGCCUUGCUAACCAUGGAUUCAACUAUGCAGCCUGGAAGCCAUUCAGGGAUCUGCAACACCUGACGCUUGGUUGGAAGAAGGACGCAGAUGUCAUGUGGUUUAGAAACCCAUUCCAACACUUUCAUCGCAACUUUGAGAUGAUCGUUGCUCAAGAUUCCUGUUCGGAUACCCUGGAAAACAAGAGCAGCAAGACGGAUGGAGGAUUCUUCUUCCUGAAAGCUAAUGAAAUAUCACUUUAG